GUGUGUUUGUGUCUUCAGUGUGAGAUCAGGAUUAUGUGUGUCCAGCUCUCUGAAGAGUGACUGGUCAAAAGAGGAUCCACCAGAGUUCAGUGAGGAAACACCAUCACCUGCUCAAAGUGUGAGUUCAGGAUCAUGUGUGUCCAGCUCUGUGUCUCUGAAGAGUAACUGGUCAAAAAAUCAUCCACCAACCCUCAGAGGGAAAGAACCAUCAUCAGCCAAAAGUGUUGAAUAUGAGUUACCAGAACCAAGAUACAGGACUCACAGGAGGCACAAGAGUUUCACAGACAAUCUCCUGUGGAUCUUCCAGAAUCUUGAGAACAAAAUUGACAGAUUUGUGAAGAAUGAACUGGAAAAGUUUAUGAAAAUCUUACAAGAAGAAAACAGACAAGACUUUGUAAAGGAUUUUAAUGACAACAGAUGCAGAAUCACAGAAGCAGCUCUUGAUCUCACACUCUUCUUCCUAAGAGAUAUGAAGCAAGAAGAAGUUGCUGAUACUCUCGAGGGCGAGCUGUUCUUCAUCAAUCAGUUAAAAUGUAGCAUGAAGAAGAAAUAUCAAAGUGUGUUUGAAGGAAAUGCUCAGCAAGGAGACUCCACACUUCUGAAUAACAUCUACACAGAUCUCUAUAUCACUCAGGGUGCGAGUGAACAGGUCAACACUGAACAUGAGAUCAGACAGAUUGAAGUUGCUUCCAGACAUCAUCAGGCACUAGAGAUGAAGAUUGAAUGCAAACAUUUGUUUGAAGCACCUGAACAAGACAAGCAGAUCAGAACUGUCCUGACAAAAGGAGUUGCUGGCAUCGGGAAAUCAGUCUCUGUGCAAAAGUUUGUUCUGGAUUGGGCUGAAGGAAGAGAAAAUCAAGACAUCAGCUUCAUAUUUCCUCUUCCAUUCAGAGAGAUGAACUUAAAGGAGAAAGAAAAACAAAGUUUAAAAGACCUCAUAACUCAGUUUUUCCCAGAGACUAAAGGACUGAACCUUACAAGAAGCACACGAUUCAAAGUCCUGUUCAUCCUUGAUGGAUUGGAUGAAUUUCGUCUUCCUCUUAACUUUGCUGGUAAUGAGACGUGUCGUGAUGUAUCUUCAGCAGUCUCUCUGGAUGUUCUCCUGACGAACCUCAUCAAGGGAAAUCUGCUUCCUUCUGCUCUCAUCUGGAUCACCAGCAGACCAGCAGCUGCCAGUAAGAUUCCUGCUGACUGUAUCGACCGGCUGACAGAGAUACGAGGAUUCAAUGAUGCCCAAAAGGAGGAGUACUUCAGAAAGAGACUCACAGAUCAGAAUCAGGCCGGAGAAAUCAUUGAUCACAUUAAACAGUCAAAGAGUCUCUUUAUUAUGUGCCACAUCCCAGUCUUCUGCUGGAUUUCUUCCACUGUUCUCCAGAAUGUAUUGACCGAGAAAAGAAAUACUGAACUGAAACACAAAACCUAUGCUGAAACACUGCAGGAAUCUCCCAAGAGUCUGACGCAGAUGUACACACACUUUCUAUGCUUUCAGAUCCAGCAAAGCAGAAGAAAGUAUGAUGGAGAAAACACACCAGAUGCUUCCUGGGAUCCAAACUUCAUCCUUUCACUGGGGAAACUGGCCUUCCAGCAGCUGGAAAGAAACAAUGUGAUCUUCUAUGAGAGCGAUCUGAAAGACUGUGGCCUUGACGUCUAUAAGGCAUCGGUGUACUCAGGCAUGUGUACCCAGAUCUUUAAGGAGGAGAAAGGAAUCAUUCUCGGUACAGUGUACUGCUUUCUUCACUUGAGCAUUCAGGAGUUUAUUGCAGCGCUUUAUGAGCAUCUGUUUCUAGACAUCAACAAGAAAGUUUUAUCUAAUUUCAGAAUGAGAAGAAAAAAUAAAGGCAUGACUGAUUUGCUGAAGACUGCAGUGGACAAGGCUCUGGAAAGUGAGAAUGGACAUCUGGACCUUUACCUUCGCUUCCUUCUUGGUCUGUCACUCCAGUCCAAUCGACAACUCUUGCAAGGCCUGUUGACACAGCAAGACAACAGUGACCAGACCAAAGAGGAAAUAAUUUCAUACAUCAAGCAGAAACUUGAAGGGAAUCUGUCUCCAGAGAGAUCCAUCAAUCUGUUCUACUGUCUGAAUGAACUUAACGACCAAACUCUGCUGAAAGAGAUUCAGUCUCACCUCAGUAGAGGAAGUCUGUCAUCUGCUGACCUUUCACCUGCCCAGUGGUCUGCUGUGGCCUUUGUGUUAUUGACCUCAGAAGAGCAGUUGGAGGAUUUUGAGCUUCAGAAAUUCAAGAAAUCAGACGAGUGUCUCAUCAGACUAUCAGCAGUCAUCAAAACCUCCAAAAGAGCUCUGCUACAGUGCUGUAAUCUCACUGUGCGGUCUUGUGAGAGUUUGUCUUCAGCUCUACAAUCCUCAAACUGUGUCCUGAGAGAGCUGGACCUGAGUAACAAUGACCUGCAGGAUUCAGGAGUGAAGCUUCUCUCUGAUGGACUGAAGAGUCCAAACUGUCAACUGGAGAUACUGAGAUUGGUCAUGUGUAAGUUAACUCCUCAGUCCUGUCAGAAUUUGUCUUCAGCUCUACAAUCCUCAAACUGUGUCCUGAGAGAGCUGGACCUGAAUAACAAUGACCUGCAGGAUUCAGGAGUGAAGCUUCUUUCUGGUGGACUGAAGAGUCCAAACUGUAAACUAGAGAUUCUGAGGCUCUGCAUGUGUAAUCUCACUGUUCAGUCCUGUGAGAGUUUGUCUUCAGCUCUACAAUCUUCCAACUGGUUCCUGAGAGAGCUGGACCUGAGUAACAAUGACCUGCAGGAUUCAGGAGUGAAGCUUCUUUCUGAUGGACUGAAGAGUCCAAUCUGUAAACUGGAGAUACUGAGAUUGUGCAUCUGUAAACUUACUGUUCGGUCUUGCGAGAGUUUGUCUUCAGUUCUUCAAUCCUCAAACUGUGUCCUGAGAGAGCUGGAGCUGAGUAACAAUGACCUGGAGGAUUCAGGAGUGAAGCUUCUCUCUGAUGGACUGAAGAGUCCAAACUGUAAACUGGAGAAACUGAGAGUUUCCACAUGUCAUCUUUCUGUUCCGUCUUGUAAGAGUUUGUCUUCAGUUCUACAAUCCUCAAACUGUGUCCUGAGAGAGCUGGAGCUGAGUAACAAUAACCUGCAGGAUUCAGGAGUGAAGCUUCUCUCUGAUGGACUGAAGAGUCAACACUGUAAACUGGAGACACUGAGAUUGUCUGGCUGUAUGGUGACAGAGGAAGGCUGUGGUUUUCUGUCUUCAGCUCUGACUUCAAACCCCUCACACCUGAGAGAGCUGGAUCUGAGCUACAAUCAUCCAGGAGAUUCAGGAGUCAAGCUGCUCUCUGAAAAACUGGAGGAUCCAAACUACACACUGGACAAACUCAAUGUGGAUCAUGGAGGAGAAAAUAGAAUUACAGCAGGAUUGCACAAAUACCUCUGA